AUGAAAAACGAUCAUCACCAUGGCGUUUUGGAGAAGGAUCAUGACCACAGUGACUUGGAGAAUAAGCAUCUUGAGGAGCAGGGGCAGAAGCAUAAUCAUGAUAUUUUGGAGAAUGAGCAUGUUGAGGAGCAGGGGCAGGAGCAUGACCAUGGUGUUUUGGAGAAUGAGCAUGUUGAGGAGCAGGGGCAGGGGCAUGACCAUGGUGUUUUGGAGAAUGAGCAUGUUGAGGAGCAGGGGCAGGAGCAUGACUAUGAUGUUUUGGAGAAUCAACAUGACCAUUGUGUCUUGGAGAAUGAGCAUGGGCAGGAGCAUGGCUAUGAUGUUUUGGAGAAUCAGCAUGGCCACUGUGUCUUGGAGAAUGAGCAUAUUGAGGAGCAGGGGUGGGAGCAUGAUCAUGGUGUUUUGGAGAAUGAGCAUAUUGAGGAGCAGGGUUGGGAGCAUGAUCAUGGUGUUUUGGAGAAUGAGCAUAUUGAGGAGCAGGGGUGGGAGCAUGACCAUGGUGUUUUGGAGAAUGAGCAUGAUCGCAGUGUCGAGCAUGGGCAGGGGUGGGAGCAGGAGCAUGGUGUUUUGGAGAAUGAGCACGUUGAGGAGCAGGGGCAGGAGCAUGACCAUGAUAUCUUGGAGGAUGAGCAUGUUGGUCGUGUUCAUGGUGGUGAGGAGGAUGAGCGUGGUGGGCAUGUGGAGACGGAGCGUGGUGAUGAGGAGAAUGGGCGUGGUGGGCAUGAGGAGAUGGGGCAUGGUGAUGAGGAGGAUGACUGUGAUGAGCAUGAGGAGAUGGAGCAUGGUGAUGGUGGUGGGAAGGAGGGCAAACAUAUUCAUGUUCGUGGUGAGGAGAGGGAGCAUGAUGGUGGUGGUGAUGCUUGA